CAAGGUUUCAAUUAUAAUUUUUAGAGGGAAACUUGGAUAAUCAUAUUUUAAAUGGAAAAUGAAGAUGAAGAUUACAAUUUGUCAAUGUGAGAAUUUUAAGGAUUCAUUGAAUGUGGCUGGAGUACUUUCCCAACUCAAUCAGCUUCGUUAAAUAUACAGAACACGCCACGGGUUCCCGCCGGGAGGCUCCGUGGGUUUCGCGACACGAAUGGAACAAAUUCGUAAUGGAGAACGCGACGGAAUUUGACAAAGACAAGAUCUCGAGUCGCAGUUGGCUCGUCAAUCAAACACAACUGGACGUUGCCAAUGACUAUCUACCCAAUUGGACGGAUCUUGUACUCGCUAUUUGCUUUUCCAUACUAAUCGUUAUAACAAUCGUUGGCAACACACUUGUGAUUGCAGCCGUAAUUACCACGAGGCGUUUGCGGUCUGUCACCAAUUGUUUUGUAUCCAGUCUGGCGGCUGCGGAUCUACUGGUCGGAUUGGCAGUGAUGCCGCCCGCUGUAUUAUUGCAGCUGAACGGCGGCACAUGGGAAUUGGGUGAGGUGCUCUGUGACUCCUGGGUCUCGUUGGAUGUCCUUCUUUGCACGGCCAGUAUCCUCUCACUCUGCGCCAUCUCCAUAGACCGGUAUCUGGCUGUGACGCAGCCGCUGAUCUACAGCAGGAGGCGACGUAGUAAACGUCUCGCUGGUCUCAUGAUCGUCGUCGUGUGGAUCCUGGCUGGGGCAAUCACCAGUCCACCUCUUCUCGGCUGCUUUCCACGAGCGCGCAAUGUUGUGGAGACUGAAAAGAAGUGCUCCUACAAUAUGGACUCGUCCUACGUUGUGUUCUCAGCCAUGGGUAGUUUCUUUCUGCCGAUGUUAGUCAUGCUGUACGUAUACGGGAGGAUUUCCUGUGUGAUCGCCAAGCGGCAUCGAAGUCUGGAGUCGGCCGAUGCUGUAAGUGUUGGUGAGAACCGGAAGUCUCCUAAUGAGUCCAUAAAUUGCACCAGCGUACAUCGCCGAACCCAGCGGCGACAUUUUCAUGCCACGGGAGUGCCGUCAACCAACCACGUGCAGAGCUCGAAAAAGCCAACGGUGCCGCAAUCAAUCCUAGUUUCGAGGCACUCGACUGCCUCGAUUUUCGAGGGAACGACUAGCGACGCGGGCAACGCCGAGACGAAGAGCCCCGCGGCCCUCGCGGUCCCCUGUUCUGAAGUUGGGAGCAGCCCUUGUCGUAAGAUCGUGCGCACGGGGACUCUGCGCAGCCAUCAGCACAGCUGUAUUAACAGGGUGACGCGGGAGACGAAGACCGCGGGCACCCUGGCGGUCGUUGUUGGGGGCUUCGUCGCCUGCUGGCUGCCUUUCUUCAUCUUGUACCUGGCGACGCCUUUCAUACCCGUUGAGCCGCCUGACCCUCUUAUGCCAGCGCUCACUUGGCUUGGCUGGAUAAACUCGGCGAUCAAUCCCUUCAUCUACGCCUUCUACUCGGCCGACUUUCGCAUGGCUUUCUGGCGGCUGACCUGUCGCAAGUGUUUGCGCAGCAGAUUCGAAUCGAAUCCGGGGGCUGAGCGCACGCCCCAGGCUGCACCGCCAAGCUGGAGGCGACAGACCUCCAGGACGUUAGAGAGGUCAACUGCACCCAUCGCCUCGCAUUGCGGCUCAACGUCUCUUGAGCGUGUACCGACCGACAGGCGAAUUUUAACUUAAUGAUAUUCUCAAGCUCGCCAUCGAGCAAGGUGUUCGAUCAAAUCUUGUUAUUUCGCCGAGCGAAAAUAAUUUGAACUGCGCCUUCACGACGUGAUAUUCACUUAAAUUCAAGUACAUUGUAAAUCCAUGUACACUCAUUCUACGAGCUCGUGUGAGUUUCGUUUUCCCGGGCUUUCGAAAGCUACCUACUAUUUUUUACACUUAAUAGCGACAAAAUGAAAUCACUUGCAUUUAUAGAUUUGUAAUUGAGAUAUCGAAUCAGAAGAUUAAAAUUUUCGAAAGAGCUGUUUUUCUUUAUUUGGAAAGAAAUUUUUAAUUGGAAAAUUAUUUCUUACAAAUGAAGAGAACCAUUGUAACUAU